AGAGAAUGAAAAUAUAAAUUUUCGAAGACCGAUUAUGUUUCCUGAUGAUGAAGGACACAUAACCGAGUAUAUUCAAAUCAAGUUGAGCGAUAAGCAAAAUGUUCUUCUUGAUAAAGAACAUCAAGAAUUUCUUAAGCGGCAUAAAUUUGUUCUCAAUAAAGAUAAUAGAAUCAUCGAAGAAACCACCAAAGAAUAUUUACUUGAAUUACUUUACCUGAAGCAAAAUUAG